GUCCGCAGAUAGGUUCUGCAUUCCCAUGGGUUCACCAGUAGAUCCAAUUUUUUGCAUUGGUCUGGAUUCUCCUGCCUGGACAAUCAUUGGCCUGCAACAAACGUCCUUCCUGGGUGUAUAUCCAUGGAUCCGUCAGGAAGAUAGAUGCCAGCCUCAACUAAAUCCAGGAAUGCAUAGUUAAGAUGACGCACAAGUAAAACAACACGCGAAACCCAUCCGCGUUGUCUUGUAUCAACAUUUUCCAGACAUGUAAUUCCUAGAGAAUGGAAUAUCGACAAACACAUAGAAGUUACACAAGUUGGUAUUAAUAUUCAAAAUAGAGUGGGGUUCCAAAAACGGAACAGUUAUGGCGUAGGGUGCGUCACAACAUUACCAAUCGAUACGAGACUUAAAUAGCCCAACUGCGCAAAAUUUCGUAUUGUUAUUACCCCACCAGGCAGCGGGGUUUCCAGCUGUUGCACCCGCCGCCUUCAGCAAUCAUAACAAGAUGGAAGGGAAACACCGCACAUCCUGUGUAUAGUUUCGGAGCGUACCAUUCAAAGCGCUCUAUGCGAGCUUUUUCCCAUCCCCCCACAUACCGAAAUUAACUUACUUCUAGAAUGUCUGGUCAAAUCGAUCCCGCAACGGGCAAAGAGCUCCCGAACGAUGCUAUCCAACGAGUCCUUUUCAUCUGCCAUCCCGUCCACGUCUAUGCAAUUCCACCUUUGACCUCUAUGAAGGGCUACGCCGCUGCCGAUUGGACCGUUCCAGAUCCGAAGAAUAACAACCAGACCCGCCAGAUCUUCACUGCCCGACUUCGCAUUAUUGAGACCGCAAUUACCCUCCCUGCUCCCCCGCAACCGCACACACGGACACAGAUACCACCCCGUCCAGGCAUCCCAGCAGCAACUACCAUAGCGGCGGCGGUAGCUAGUCCGCAAGAAAAAGUCAAAGUAGACAUUGUCCUGGAGGACCCAAGCACCGGAAACCUCUUCGCGGCAGCCCCGUACACCGAUCCAGGCGCCGUCGAGCAUGCCAUCGAUUCUUCUCGGUUCUUCGCGAUAAGAGUUAUGAAUGACGGGCGAAAAGCAAUAUUAGGCAUUGGAUUCGAAGAUAGAAGCGAAGCCUUCGAUUUCGGCGUCACGCUGCAAGAGGCGCGGAAGGUGUUGGGGUUUGCCCAGGGUGGGCAGACAGGUACAGGAAGGGCCGCCGCUACCACAACAGCCAAAACGGGUAGGGUAUUACCAGGAUCAGGCCCACAACAGAAACCGGCACCGGGAAGCCCAGCGCAGCAGCCGCCAAGAGAUUACAGCCUGAAACCCGGGCAGACGAUCAGUAUCAAUAUUGGUGGGAAGAAACCCAACACCGCGGAUAAGUUGGUCAGCCCCGCUAUGGCUGCCCAGGAGGAACAGACGGCGUUAUUUUGCCUCCCUCCGCCGCCAGCGCCGGCUUCGAGAGGGGAUGGAGAUGGCGAUUCCUCCUCUACGGCGUUUCCAAUGAUCGCGCCCCCGCCAUCCGGCGGGCGGAGCGAUCGACGGCGAAGGCCGCAGUCUAUGUUGAACACGGAAGAGAAUAAGGUGGUCCUGGGCUUCGGUGAUAAUGACGAUGAUGGCGGUGGGGAGUUUGGGGAAUUUCAGUCAUGAUGGAGUUGUGUGUAUGUGCUCGUUUUUAAACUCGCGAUUAAUGAUGUUUUGUUUUUCUAUGAUUAUGACAUCUCUUUGUUUCUAAGUAGUUCUUAGGUUUAUUCUAUUUUACUUUUACUUUUAGAUAGACAUCCCUUUUAUAAAUAGUUUAACUAUUAAGAUAGAUAGAUAACCAAUGUCGGUGGUUAUUGCAGGCUACCGUUUCCAAGUGCUCUGAUGUGAUUAAUUCGAGUAGGAGCUCACUAUGGCUAGUUAGUACUCCGUACGGAGUAACUAUACUAUGGUUCAUCCAAACCUACGAUGCCUCACUAGCUAUAUUCGGGGCCGUCAACAGACCUUUCCACUUCAGUCGAACUAUAUACACGUGCCGUUCAAGC